GGUCAGUUCACCGUUCGGUUUCACACUCGUUCUCAAGUUUAAAAUUCGUGCUUUAAUCCAUAUUAAACUAAAAGUUAUUUCAUCAAACGUAAAUACUUGUUUGCCGAUAUUCAGAUAGAGUGUGAAAAAGCGCGCUGUGUGGUGCUUUGUUCGAACGUGGUUUUGGUGCGCAAAAGGAAAGGGCAGCAAACGCGCUUGGUGAACACAAUGCCUUGCCAUCGUGGCGCGAACGUGAAACAACUUGACGAAAGAAACCGUACGCAACAGUGUCCGUCGACGUCCCAUUCGUGAUAGAAGCAAGCAGCAGUAGAGGAAGUGAGGGAAAGUGGUGUGUGUCCUCGUUCGCCGCGAGGGGGCCAAACUGAAACGGUGCGUGCGGGGAAAUUGGUUUCUUCGUGUUCCGUAGUGUGAUCAUCUCGUGCAUAAAAGAAGAAACAAACAUUUAAAAAUCGUACCCAAAUUGUUGUGGUUGCUAUUGGUUACAUAUUGCCGAGAAGUGUUCGGAUAUCCGCUGUCCGGACGGCGGAUCAUUCCGAUACAUCCCGAUUACUAACUGAGAAUCAUCAUGCGGCCAAAAAGUCGUACGCGUGCUGGUGCCAUUGCCACUAAGCCGCCAGCCCCAUCUGGUAGGAUUGCGGAACCGGAAAAGAGUUUAUGUGAAAAUUUUCGUGCCCUCGAUGUGCCGAUGCGUCCGGAAGGAAGGGCCCGAGGAGGAGGAGGAAAAGUACGUGCGGCAGCAGCUACGCGCAAAGGGCUCUCGGAAUCCAUCCAUCCGGCGCUGCUGGUGGAGCAUGUUGUCGCCGACAAGAUUCAGCAACUGCAGCGACAACCCCAACAACCCGCGAUGGUUGCACGAGGUGCUGCUGCCGGUGGUAGCCAAGGGACCAAGUACCGGCCGAUGGCCAUGGUACGACCAACGCAGCUGGUGAUCGAUACGGACGGAAGCAGUGACGAGGAAGAACAACAGUCGGUCCAAGAGGAUGAAGAGCUCGGUGGAGAUGUUGACUGCGUGGACGAAGAGCAUAAUGAUGAACAGGCAGAGGAGGUGGAUGAGGAGGAAGAGCAGGGUGACGAGGAGGAGGAGGCGGACGAGGAAGAGGAACUCGUGAAUCCUUCCUCGAAGCGAAGAACGGCACGCCGAACGGCCGACACCACAUCGUCGCUCCAAGCCAACGAGGAUGAAGACGAGGAGGAUGAGCUGGAUGAUGACAUGGAUGGUGUGGAGGCUGGGCCGGACGAUGCUUUGGAUAACUGGCCAGUUGAAGAUGAGGAAGACGGAGAGGAUGGUGGCGAGGAGGAGGAAGUUGUGGAGGACUGUGAGGAGGUAGAGGAGGAAGAGUACGAGCAAGGACAAGGUGAAGAGUAUGCAACGGUCGAAGGUGAAGAAGACGAUGACUACUACUAUACCAACGGGAUGGAACAGGAAGACGAGGAGCAAGAGGAAGGCAUUAUUGAAGUGGACGAUGAAGAAGAUGCUAAUGAAUUUGCUGAACAUGACGAGGAGGACGAGGACGACGAUGUGCAGGAGGUGAUCGAUGUAGAGGAGCACGAGGAUGCGCAACUCCUCAAGAUAAAAUACAUGAACCAGCAUGCGACAGGGGGUAGACAGCAUCAGUGGAACGGUGGUACGGCCAGUGGCAGCGGCAUGGGAGCCACCAAUAACAAUACAAUCAACGGCAAGCAUGUUCCGCAGCAAGAUCAGGACGUUAUCUACACCGGCACCAGAACCAACGCGCCAGACGAUCGGGACCGGGACCAGGAGAUGAUCAGAAUUACCACGAUCAAUACCAAAGUUCAACUAUGCGAAGAAGACAAGGUUAGUCUAAACGACUUCCAGCUGCUGAAAGUGCUUGGAACUGGAGCAUACGGCACGGUCUUCCUGGUGCGAAAGCUUACCGGUAUCGACAGGAAUAAAAUCUACGCCAUGAAGGUGCUUCGGAAGUGUGUCGUGAUUCUCAAGGAAAAGACGGCGGAGCACACGCGAACCGAGCGUCAGAUAUUAGAGGCAAUAAUAGAUGCGCCAUUCCUGGCCACAAUGCACUACGCCUUCCAGACCGACUCGAAGCUGUACGUUGUGCUCGACUUCGUGAUUGGCGGUGAGCUUUUCACGCAUCUUUUCAAGCGAGAAAGCUUUACAGAGGAUGAAGUAAGGAUCUACAUCGCCGAAAUCGUCGUUGCCAUCGAGCAGCUGCACAAGCUGGGAAUCCUGUACCGCGAUAUCAAGCUGGAGAAUAUACUGAUCGAUGCGGACGGGCACAUCGUGCUGACCGACUUUGGCCUUUCGCGUGAGCUGCUACACGAGAAGGAACGUGCGCACAGCUUCUGCGGCACGAUCGAGUACAUGGCGCCGGAAAUCGUAAAGUCGCGCAAUAAGGACGGCCACGACACGUCCGUCGACUGGUGGUCGGUUGGCGUGCUCACGUACGAGCUGCUGACCGGCGUCUCGCCGUUCCACAACGACGAUGGCCAGCAAGAGAUCUCCCGGCGCAUCAUGGAGGACGAGGCAAACAUCCCGCUCCGUUUGUCGGAUGCAGCGACCGACUUCAUUCGCAAGCUGCUGACGAAGGACCCGAGGAAGCGCCUCGGCAGCGGCAAGCAGGACGCGAACGAGCUAAAGAUGCACCCGUUCUUGCGGGAGACCAAGUGGGACCUGCUCGUUGCGAAGCAAGUGGCGGCACCGUUCAAACCCGUCGUCGCAAGCGAAACCGACACGACGUACUUCAGCGAGGAGUUCACGCAGCAGGAAUCGGUUGAUAAACCUUGCUCGCCACCAAUGAACGGCCAUCGGUUAUUUAGAGGAUACUCAUUUGUUUCGCCCAAGCUGUUGUCAUGUAAAGUUUACGAUCGCAACAAGUUUGUGCCAAUUCACAACACGCGGCCGCAGGAGAAUUUAAUUCGAAAAAAUGCCUCGAAGCUAUACUCGGAAUUCUUCAAGAAGUACGAACUGACGGGGGAUCAAGCGAUCGGUGUCGGCACGUACUCAGUCUGCCUCAAGUGCCGGCCGGUGCGCCUCGGAAGCUUCGACCAGCAGGGAACCAUCUACGCCGUGAAGGUGCUGUUCAAUCACGCGGAAACGGCGGGAUACGCACAGCGCGAAGCAGUUGCACUGCGCCUUUGCCAGGGUCACCCGAACGUAGUGCGGUUCGUCGAACUGAUCGAGGAUCGGCACUACGUCUACAUCGUGCUCGAGCUGGUCGACGGAGGCGAGCUGCUGCAGUACAUUAACGACUGUCCGGAGCGUCUGACCGAGGCCCAGGUGCGGCCACUCUUCCAUCAGCUAGUCGACGCAGUUGCGUUCAUCCAUCGAUGCGGGUUUGCCCACCGGGACCUGAAGCCUGAGAACGUCCUCCUGGAACGGGGCGGAAAGCGAGGUUCGGUGCGGUUACGAGUGAUAGAUUUUGGCUUUGCCCAGGCAUUGAACGGCGAGGCAUCGGACCGGAUAGCAUCGUGGGAACCAGCCGGAACACUAGGGUACGUUGCGCCGGAAGUGGUGCAGUCUUCGGCUUCGUCGUCCGUGCAGCCGUAUGCGCUAGAGGCCGCCGAUCUAUGGUCACUCGGUGUCAUCCUCUAUACGAUGCUCUCCGGUCAGCCACCUUUCAUUCCGCAGAACUUUGUUGGGCACGACAAUCUGGCGUCGACGGCGAAGCAGACCGAAAUCAUUACCAGCAACAUUCGACGCGGCUUGUUCGACCUCAGCACCAGCACGUGGCACGGCGUCAGUGACGGUGCGCAGGAUCUCGUGCGCUCUCUGCUGACGGUUAACCCCGAACGACGUAUCACGAUGCAGGAGCUACAGGACCACAACUGGUUGCUACAGCAGAAAGACGCCUCGGACAUCAUUCCCGUGUCGAGCUCGUCGCAACGACACGGAACGAGAAAACCGUUCGAACAACUACGCCAGGCCGUGCGUAACACGUUCGACGCAUUUAAGAAGGCGGAGGAGAAGGGCUUCCGGCUGCAGGGAGAAGUACCGCCCCGGUUAAAGCUUGCGACGACGGCCCCGGAGAACAACAGCUACAAACCGAUGACCACCACCACAGUGCCUAACCAUAGCAGCAGCAGCAGCAGCAAUCGGAAAAACGGCGAUCGACCAGCAACUAAAACACACCACCAACCCUCCACCACUGCCGUCUCGGGCAAGCGGACGACCACCGUUCCGGAGGUGUCAUCGACAAAAUCGAUCGAAUCACAGUACAGCAGCUCGAUUGAGGAGAGCACUUCGAGCGGGAUCGGUCGGAGUAAGAGCAGUAAAAGCUCGCUAUCGCUCUCCGGCAGCCCAAUGCGUGACCGGAAUUUGUCCAAUGGCUCAUGCGUGGUCAUUCUUGAUGAUGAAGAUGAGGAAGAGCAAUCGCCGGUACACGUCGAAAUCAAAACUCCGACGACAGAUGUUGUUACCCCAAUUUGUGAUUUGGUGGUUACGCCACUCCCGAAGGUUUCAGCGGACGCGGUUUUAACGUCUCAGCCGGAGCAGCAACAAUCCCACAGCCAGAACCUGAAGACACACAAGGAAUCGGGUGAGGAGGUGACCGCACUACCAGAGGAACAGGAGGAGACUGACGAAAUCGUGGUGGACGUUGAGGACGACGAAGCAAACGUUCGAACGACCAAUGAAGAAACGCAACAACCGGACGAGCUGGUUACAGAAAGUAGCAGUACGGAAGAAUUGACCGCCACAGAGGAAAGCAACAAUAAUGAGGUGGUUGUAGUGAUGGAGGAGGUCACGACGGAAAAGGAGCAAAAAUACCGGAUACCAGAGGAGGAAAUGGAGGCGUGUACACUGGUAUCUAGCCAAAUGGAAAUGGAGUAUCAACAUAACCUCACCGAGGAAUGUAGCGACGAAAGGACGAUGGUUGCAAAUGAUAAUGCGGAUAUUACCGAAGGUGAAACGUUGAGUGCCGCGGAACCUUCGGAGGAAAACGGCAUUAGCAUACCACUGGAAACACAAGGCGAGGGUGAGAUAGUCGUAGGCCCGUACGUGAUAUCGUUGCACGUGCCCCAGGAGAAGAUCGUCAACCAGCGGCCACGCAUGAAAGUUCGCUUCGAGGAUGCUCGAAAAUCGGUCAGUCGACGGCGAUCGAAAAACACUUCGCCACCUCGCUACGGAGCAGCAGCCGAUGGCGUGCGGGAUUGGAGGCGUUUAGUGGACCUAUCGCCCGAAGGCAUGGUUAAGAAGGAGCCAGAAUUUCGGUCCUGUCGAGACUACGAGAUGUUCGCCUUUGUCUGCUACGAUACCGAACGUCGGCUUCCUCGACCGGACGGUAGCCCCGGCCCCAGCGAUGACCCUAACGAUGACGCCGCCGGAAUGCUGCUAGGCUUCGACGAGUGGGAGGCCGACGGCCCGUUUGCUGGCUUCAGUGAAGAAGAGUGCUAUCGAUUCUUUGGCUACUACGAAUGGGAGUUAGCGAUCAAGCAUGGGAAACGGCGAAAACGGCAACCACAGCUGCCGGAACGCAUUACCAAACGGCGGAGAGAAAUAUCGUGUUACGAAGAGCUCGAAAAUCGCCCCAAACGUCAGUGUACCAACUACGCGUACUACGGUGACAGCAAGCGGACGAUGCGUACGUUGGCUCGAAUGAAGCAGGAGGAAGAAAAGUACCCACCCAUGGAAAUCUUAAGCAUUCAGAUUAAGCAGGAACGUGAUUGGUAAAUUUGAGGUGCAGACGAAUGGGAUGGGAUUAAGACGAACGGCGGGAAAGUA